GCUGCCUCCUUCCCUUCCGCCGCCGCUUCCCGCUGGGGCCCCGGAGCCGCGGCGUGAGGGGCCGCGAAGGGCGCCGCCUGGGCCUGGGCCUGAAACAAGAUGGCGGCCCCGGGCGAGUUCUUCAGUGUGGGCAGCCAGGUAUCGUGCCGGACUUGCCAGGAGCAGCGGCUGCAGGGCGAAGUGGUGGCCUUCGACUACCCCAGCAAGAUGCUGGCGCUCAAAUGUCCUUCUUCCAGUGGCAAACCUAACCAUGCAGAUAUCUUACUUAUAAACUUACAGUAUGUUUCAGAAGUGGAAAUUAUUAAUGACCGUACGGAAACCCCCCCACCUUUAGCUUCACUCAACGUUAGCAAGCUUGCAAACAAAGCACGGACGGAGAAGGAAGAAAAGCUGAGCCAGGCAUAUGCAAUUAGUGCUGGGGUCUCUUUGGAAGGACAGCAGCUUUUCCAGACUAUACACAAGACUAUUAAAGAUUGUAAAUGGCAAGAGAAGAAUAUAGUCGUGAUGGAAGAAGUUGUCAUUGCCCCUCCAUACCAAGUGGAAAACUGUAAAGGAAAAGAGGGGAGUGCCCUAAGUCAUGUACGCAAAAUAGUCGAGAAACAUUUUAGAGAUGUCGAAAGCCAAAAGGGGAUGCAGCGUUCACAAGUCCAGCCAACACAGAAGGAGAGUGCCCUCUCAUCCUGAGUCCCGCCUGCCCUUCCUGGUUGCGAUAGAUUGCUCCUGCGGGGGGUGGGGGUGGGGGGAGCCCUUCGAACACGCAGCAGCAGCAGCGGCAGAUGAUACACCUCUCCUUCACAGAGAGGGCAGGGGAGGGCAGGGGGGUUCCACUUCUAUUUUGUGGUGGCCCUGUAAUGAUGGGGGACCCACAAGCUUCCGAACUUUAGACUUCAAAAACAAGAGAAUAAUUUAAAAACUCAUUCAUUACUUGACUAACAGACUCUUUACUUUUUGCCCAUCAAGUUUACCCCCCUAGAACAGUCAGCUGUCUUGUCUUUGAGGUUUUUCUCCCUCCCAGAAUCUUUUUUGUUUUAGCUUUACUGAAAAUCAGUUCCAUGCCAACCCUCUCCCUCCUGUAUCAUAGGAGAAUUCAGCUCCCCAGUUGUCCUAUUAAAGAAAAAAAAUAUAUAGAGAAAACAGAAAAUAACAGGCUGACUCUGGUAAUGUAAUCGGGACCUUUGUGUGACUGGCGAUCUCUCGUUUUGGUUUUUGUUUGCACAGGGCAAGGCUUGAAUUAGCCUUAUUUUUCUUAUCUCAAAAUAUAUAUAUAUAUAUAAUAAAUAUAUAUAUAAAAUGUCCUUUAAAUAUUUUCUGCUUCUUGCAGUACUCUGAACUGAGAUCAUGGCAGAAAAAUAAUAAUGCAUAUCUCUGUGCUUAACAAUCAAGCCUUCUGUGGUUGGCAUUUUUAACGUACAACUCUGGAGAUCAGACCCGUGUUGGAGCUAAGGUUUUGUUGGGCUGUACCCUGUGAGGGUGAGAGACACACAAGGGUUGCAGGCUUCCCCCUCAUUGUCUUUCACAAGUUGAGCUUGUAUGUUACAUUACAUUUCCCUAAAUGGGGGCUCUGGUAAUACCACUGGAUUGGAAGGGCUCCUGAGCAACACCCUAUGGUACUGUUGGAGAAAUUUUAUUUUCCUCAGAGGGCAUGUAGUGUUGGGAGAUUUGAUAGCUUCCUUCUUGCUCAUAUGCUGUUCUGCUGGCCAUUACAAGGGGCACCUGGUCUUGCUGUAGGUCAAGGCUGCCUGGCGGAGUUUACGAGCCACAGUUGUAUGUCUUGCUCCUUAUGACCCAACUUAGAGGUGGAAAGGGAUGUGAGAUUUUGGGCUGAGUUCAAGCAUGGCUAUGCUCAGCUCCAGUUUAACCGCACUGGCUCCUUUUUUCAAAGCAAUAUGAAGACACAGUGCGGUGGGUGGGUUUCCAUCCUUGUCACAGUUUCCUGUGGCAUGGUAAGUGAACCCCAAUGAAUUUGAGGGGUGCACUUUGGUUGCUUCUCCUGAAUAAAUGUUCUUAUGGCGAUUGGCUCCUUCCAGUGGUGCACAGCUGUAUGCAGGAAAUGUAAGUGUCGCUAUUAACAGGGAAGUUUGCUCCUCUGUUUGGAUCUACUUGAUCAGGCAUAGAAGCCGUUGUUUGGAGAAUUGAAAUGUGAUGCUACUCAUAUUUCUCUUCCUGCUGUGGGUGGUAUUAUCCUACUUGCAGAAUAUUGUCCAUUUCCCAAGAAAUAUUGUUAUUGUCCAGAAUUCUAGUGUACAUGAUUUAUUGUGUGCAUUUCAGCCAUCUUGCUAGAAUACAUCUUAAGAGUGUUCUUACCAACCUAAAUCCCAGUGGUCCUGGUCACAAUCUUGACUAGUCUACGUUUGUCUGACUUUUCAUCUCCCAGGCUGACUGCUGUCAUUGUCCUUUAUAAACAUCCUUGCCUUAGACAUUUAUUUUGGGGACUAAGUGGAUUUUGACUUGGAACAAAAACUGAGCUUAUAAAGGACUUUUUUUGCCAUGAUCUCUUCUCCCCUUUUCCCCUUUUUGUUUUUUUUUAAACAAAUGGAUCAAAUUUUAAAUAAUUCAAGCCCUGCCUUUCAGAAUGGAGGGAUUUUUUUUUAGUAUUGUCUAGCAAAACCAAUAAAAACCCAGAAUUUUUUUAACCAUCAGACAA